CAGCAACAAUAACAAGAUGUUUUUACAUAUCUUUCUUGUUUUGAUUAGUUUUUAUACUUUUUUUGGUACAUCCCAAAGUAAUGUUUUUGGCAAUGGUUCAGUUGUGUUUCAAGUGGGUGUGGUUCUUGAUUUGGAUUCAAAAGUAGGGAGAAUGGGACUGAGCCACUUAAAUAUGGCUCUUAAGGAUUUUUAUUCGGUUCAUGAAAAUCACAAAACCAAGCUGGUCCUCCAUGUUAGAGACUCCAAGGAACAGGUUAUCGACGCUGCAGCUGCCGCUAUUGAUUUGUUGAAAGAUGUGGAGGUGGAUGCAAUAGUUGGUCCACAAAAAUCAGCACAAGCCAAUUUUGUGAUGGAUCUAGGAGAUAGAGCUCAUGUGCCUGUCAUUUCUUUCUCUGCAACAAGUCCUUCUGUGCUUUCCCGAACUCAAUACUUUGUCCAAACAGCUCUUAGCGAUGACACUCAAGUUGGAGCCAUUGCUGCCAUCGUUGAGGCCUUCCUGUGGAGGGAAGUUGUCAUUAUAAACGAGGACACUGAUUAUGGGAACGGUGUAAUUCCAUAUCUGUCGAACGCAUUAAAAGAAACCGCGCGAAUUUCCUAUAGAAGCAUCAUUCCUCUUUCAGCGAGCGAUGAUUUUAUUGAGAAAGAAUUGUACAAGAUGAUGACAAUACAAACGAGGGUAUUUGUGGUGCACAUGUCGCAUUUUCUUGGCACUCGCCUAUUCCUAAAAGCCAAGGAAAUAGGAAUGUUGAGCGAGGGCUAUGUGUGGAUCAUCACCAAUGGGUUGAUGGACCUACUCUCUAUGGAUUCCAAUGUCAUAGAAGCAAUGCAAGGUGUCUUGGGGGUCAAGCCUCGUGUUCCCCAAUCCAGACGACUCGAUUUCUUUCAAAAUAAUCCUAAUUCUAUGAUCAAACGAGACGAGUCAAGCAUUUUUGGGCUAUGGGCAUAUGACACUAUGUGGGCACUAGCUAUGGCAGCAGAGAAAGUUGGAUUGGAGACACCAAUCAACAACAUAGAGAACAUUAGCACAAAGAAUUCGAUAAAUCUAUUUAAUUUUAGAAUCUCUCAAACAGGUCCUAAACUUCUUGAGGCAAUGUUGGGGACAACAUUUGAAGGACUAAGUGGUAAAUUCUCUCUUCUUAAUGGUCGCCUAAACCCAUCACCAUUCCAAAUACUAAAUGUAGUUGGAAACCAGGGUAGAGAGGUCGCGAUAUGGACACAAUCCUCUGGUAUUUCAAAGGAACUUAAUGAAAACGAGACAAAAAAUUGUUUCUCACAACCGAAGCAAAACUUUCACACAAUUAUAUGGCCAGGAGGAUCAACAAAUGUACCAAAAGGCUGGGAAUUUCCGGUGAGUGGUAAGAAGCUAAGAAUUGCAGUGCCGGUGAGAGGAUUUAAUCAAUUUGUGAAGAUGGAAAUAGAUCCUCAUACAAAUACGACCAUAUUUGGUGGAUUUUGUAUAGAAAUAUUCAGGUCGGUAAUUUCAGCAUUGCCUUAUGCUGUGCGAUAUGAGUUCGUUCCAUUUGAGAUAGCUGAUGGUUCGACCUCUUUGAGUUACAAUGAUAUGGUGUGUCAAGUUUCUCUCAAGGAGAAAUAUGAUGGUGCAGUAGGAGACAUUACAAUCACAGCGAACAGAUCAUUCUAUGUGGAUUUUACAUUGCCAUUUACAGAAGGAGGGGUAACAAUGGUAGUACCAAUUACAUAUGAGGACACAAACAGUAAAUGGACAUUCUUGAAGCCUCUCAGUUGUGACUUGUGGCUAACCAGUAUAGCUUUCUUCCUCUUCACUGGAUUUGUUGUUUGGGUUCUGGAACACCGAGUCAACACUGAUUUUCGAGGUCCACCUUCCCAUCAUGUUGGCUUGAUCCUUUGGUUCCCCUUUUCAACUCUAGUUUUUGCUCACAGUUGAGUAUUUUGUUUUACUUGCACAACGCAAUUCAAUAUUUAUAGUUUCUUAAUUUUACCUUUAAAUUUUUUAAAUUGUGCCAAUUUUAGUCUAGUGGAUAUUAUCUGUUUAAAAAUUGGACUGAAAUUAGAAGACAAAACAAUUUAUUUGCUCUCCUCAA